AUGGCGACGUACCUGCCAAGUCUGGCUGUUUGCCUGCAGCCCCCGGACGCGUACGUUAGUCAGUAUAUCUCGCAGUGCUUAGCAUUUGCCGAUCGAGGGUAUGUAAGCUGGCUGUUUCCGCCAGGUGGCAAGGGCGGCGGUCGCGGUGGCGGCAAACCUGCUGACACCACCAAGUUCUACAAGAUUCUGGAGGUCGAUAAGAACGCAAACGAUGCCGAGAUCAAGAAAGCCUACAGGAAGCUUGCCGUGAAGCACCACCCCGACAAGGGCGGUGACCAAGAGAAGUUCAAGGAAAUUACUCGGGCGUACGAGGUCUUGAGCGAUUCCGAGAAGCGCGCCAAGUACGACAGGUUCGGCGAGGAGGGCUUAGAGGAUGGUGGCGGCGGGGGCGACCCGUCGGACAUCUUCGAGGCGUUCUUCGGUGGCGGCGGCGGCUCAUACACGAACAUGUGCAAGGUCUGCAAGUGCGUGUGA